AUGACUCAUUUCGGUUAUCUGCCAGUUAAAGGCAGCGCACCACGCGGUGUUGGGAAUUCAAGAACAGAUAGCGGGAUUUUUAUAAUUUUCAUCGCAUCCAAAGUUAUACAUGCAUAUUAUUGUCGAAAAGGUGAUCUGAUAAUCCCGCGGAAAGAAAAUGAAGUUUGCACAUUUUCUCAACAUAUUGCUGAUGACUGCACUUUUUCACAUAUGCCGAUGCGUGGAAUAAGAAACUACUCAAUGCCAGAAAAUCCGGAAGAGGGUGCACAUUGCAUUUUCAAAAAUUCCACAUUAACAUGCGCUUGCUUUGAUGAUAUGUGUAAUAAUAAAAGGGAACAGGUAAAGGAAAUAAUAAGAAGGAGACUAGAAGUGUCUUCAAACACUCUUUGUUUUGAAUCUGAUGUAGAAAUCAAGAAAUGUGAACGAUUAUUAACAUGCUUUUUGUCAAGUACAGAUCCGUCAGUGCUAGAGGAUCAGCAGAGGCGAUUGCACACGGUAGAAAGUGGAUCACAUCAAAAUGAUACAGUUCAGAAGAAGAAAGAUGCCGUUGCAAAAAUCGUUGUAAGAUAUGCAUAUCGCCACCGAGAGGAAAGCUUUCUUUUCAUCUCGAUGGUGUUCUUGUUGAUGGUGGGGCAUUUCGUUCUGAUUAUUAUCUUGAUUGUUGUGCUCUAUCGUUCUCAAGAGAAAAAUGCCCCUGCGCCUGAAAGUAGUAGACAUGAAACGACCACAACCAAUCCGAAAAAAGAGAUCAAAGAAGAAGAUGUUGAAUUGGGAAGAGUUUACAACCGAACGAAAUUUUCGAUAUAG